UUACAUUUGAACUUGGCGCUAAUGAGUAAUGACACAGCAUAGUAACACAUGGAAUUUGGCAGCAGAUUUGCAGACGUUGAUGAUCUAGUCCUUAUCCUUUAAGCAGGGGGAGUUAUUUUUUUUAGCGUACCCCAUUCAAGACAACCAAGUGAACUGUGACACCACCACCAAUGCGAACUACUUCAGGAUGACUGACAUAGAGUUGGUAAAAAAGAUGCUCCGGGCUGUUCUACAGUCCAAUAAAAAUGGAGUGUCCGUGACGAGACUGCAGUCCGACUACAGGGCUCUUACCGGGGAGUUUAUUCAGCAUAGGCAGAUGGGCUACCCCGCCUUAGAGGGAUUCCUCAGGAGUGUUCCCUCUGUGGUACGCAUGGAACAGAAUCACUUUGGAGAGGGGAUGUGCUUUGCUGCUGUGUGUCAGGAGACGGCACACAUGGCCCAGUUGAUUGCCCGUCAGCGUGCCCCUAAAAAAACUGGCCGUGCCAAGAUGGUGAACUGCCAUAUGAGAGUGAAGUCUGCAACCCCAUUUAUGCUCCAUGCAAAGCCCAGAACCUCCCUAAGGCAACCCGAGUACAUGAGUCGGACCGGCCGUGGUGGCAUGUCAAAUCCAGGGAACUACGGCCGUGGUGGCAUGGCAAAUCCAGGGAACUACGGCCGUGGUGGCAUGGCAAAUCCAGGAAACUACGGCAUCCAGAGGCAGUUCUUCACCAACAACCAGCCAAGUGUGACCUCUUUCAGACCCAACUCACAGACUGAACGACCCCGACUUGCACUAUCUUCACGGUUCCAGAGAGAAGUGUGUGUGACCAAGAACACACAUCAAAGCAGUGGUGGACAGGCUGCGGUGGUCAAGGAGCUGACCGCUGCCCAGGUCCCACACAUCCAAGGGCUACUCAAGCAGCUUCUGUCAAAGUACAGCAGUGGGGUGUGGCUGUCGAAGAUUCCUCAACUCUACCGAGACCUUUUCAAACUGGACCUCCAUCCCUCUGCUCUGAAGGACAUGGACAAAUGGACCCAUGUCUGCUCUGUUGAGAAGCCUGGAAGCAACAACAUAGUGGAUCGCCUUGUGUAUCCCGCCCUAAACAUCCCCUCAAAGCCCACUCCAACGCCUCCUCCACCCCGAACCAUAUCCACCCCCACCAGCCCCAAGUUCUCGCUCCUGCCCACCCCCCCUCAGAGUCCGGUGUCUCUGUCCCCGACGUCGGUGUCCUCGCCCCCCUCUGGCCCGCUGGUGCUGAGUGAUGAUGUUCAGCACAAGCUGCAGGAGCUGCUGGGGAAGUACAGUAACGGCCUGUGGGCUCAUGCAGUGCCAAAGCUCUUCCAGGAAGCCUUCAGGACCACCUUCCCAGCGCAGGCUUUGGAAGACCUGUCUGCACUGAGUGACUGCUGUGUGAUCGAGUACCCCAUGCCUGACAAUAAGAAGAAGGCCAUCCUUUACGCCCAGCCCACCAUGGACGAGAGCAGGCCCCAGAGCCCUGUGCCCCUCCCUCAGCGGAAGCUCUUCCAUGCCGUGGCCAACCCGCUGGUGCCCCCUCUGCUCCUGCCCAAAGAGGACUACCCAUCAGUGCUGGUUGUGGAGGCCCUCUCUACCUGCAGCUUAGUCAUCAGGUAUAUUGGACAGGAGUACUCGCAGGCCCAGGAGGCCAUGGAGGACUCCAUGCGGGAGUUCUACAGUGCGACGGAGAAGAACAUGGCGCCCCCUGUGCUCCUGGCCAACCGCCUGUACACGGUGCGUGUGGAGGAGGAGGAGGUGCUGAGAGCCCAGGUGUGCGAGGUCAUGGCUGAGAAGGUCAAGGUGUACUAUGUGGACCAUGGCUUCAGUGAAGUGGUGGCCAGAGAUAAGAUUCUACGACUUGAUGAAAAGUUCCUCAAGCUCCCCUUCCAGGCCUCCACCUGUAGCCUUGCAGGGCUGAAGGACUUUCAUACAGAACCAUCAGUCCUGAAGGUCCUUGAGUCUCAGGCCUGUGGCCGCAUCCUCCUGGCUGAGGUGGUGGAGAGAGGAGAAGUUCCGUUGGUGGUACUGUACGACACGUCGCAGGAGGAUGAUGUCAACAUCAACAACAUCUGUCUGAAGACUCUCCAGGACGGCUCUAUGAGCCACCCUCUUCAGGUUAACAGCACCUACCUGAAUGUCUCCGUCACAAACGUGUGCUCAGAUGGAACUAUUUUCUGCCAUGUCCCCUGCCGUGGUCUUGCCAAACUGAAAGCCCUGUUUGAGAGGAUUGAGUCAUUUUUGUCAUCUCAGGAGAGCUCAGAGCUGUUGGUGGCCAAGCCAUUCUGUGGGAAGGUCUGCCUGGCGCGCCACCAAGGCAAAUGGUCUCGGGUGGAGAUUACUAAUCUGCAUGGCAGUCGUGUGCUGGACAUCCUGUUUGUGGAUACGGGGGUUCCUGCCUCGGUGGAGGUGAUCGAGCUUCGAGACAUCCCACUGCCUUUCUUACCUGAACUCAUCACCAUCCCAUUCCAGGCCUUCAAGUGCGGACUAGAAGAGUUGUCAGUGGGUGAGGGUGUAUGGAGUCCAAACUCCAUCAUGUGGCUCAGAGAUACUGUACUCAACAUGACUGACUGCAGUAUGAGGAUAGCUCGGCUAGAUGAGUCCAGGCUCGUGCACAUCUACUUGUUCCCCUCCAACAGCUGCCAGAAUGUGGGCAGCAGCGUUAACCACCAGCUGUUGACCUCUGACCUCUGGAGCCCCUCUGCCCCUGCUGCAGUGCCCCGUGUCAGCUCGCCUGUUACUGGCGACGCUGCCCCUCCUCCGAGCACAGAUAACUCUGCCAUGCCCCUGGCGCUGGACAUGCCACAGGUGGGCCAGAACUUUGAUGUGUUUGUGUCGGUGGCCUGCCACCCGGGCCACUUCGUGGUGCAGCCGUGGCAGGAGCUGUACAAGCUGAUCGUGCUGAUGGGGGAGAUGAUCCUCUACUACAACCGCGUGCAGGACGACAAGCCCCUGACUGUGGAGAAGAACCUCAUAUAUGCCGCCAAAGUGGAGAACAAUUGGCACCGUGUGCUGGUCAAGGGCUUGCUGACCAAUGGGCUGGUCUCUGUGUAUGAGCUGGACUACGGCAAGCACGAGCUGGUGAGCAGCAGCCAGCUCCGACCGCUCAUCAAUGAGUUCAGACAGCUGCCUUUCCAGGCCAUGACUGCUGAGUUGGCAGGUGUGAAGCAGAGCCCGUGGUCUGAAGAGGCAGCCUUGGUGUUCCGUAAUCAUGUGGAGAAGAAGCCGCUGGUAGCUCGGGUGGAGUCAGUGCAGGAUGCUGCCCACCCCUGGGACAGGAAGAUGACCGUCUACCUGGUGGACACGGCGCUGGACAAUAGGGACAUCUGGGUGCACAACCUCAUGACUGAGUUUCUAGAUGAGCUCAGCAAAGCUGCAUGAGCCUCGGCACUUAAAGGCAGUGGCCAGGACCUCUGCAGACACGUGGCCAACAUGCAUAUGCAUACCAUUACGUUCAGAUAGUUUUGAUGUUUGUUAGAAUACUGUUGGUUUGUGAUUCUCUGUUAACCUGGAAGUUUGGAACAGGUAAUCAUUUUGAGCCAAAUUAACUUCAACUUUAUUAUUCUUUUUUUGUGUGUGUGUUUAGUGAGUGGAGGAACCUGCUUCCAUUAUAUUUUAUGUUGUGCUUUUGUAUAUAUUUUUGUAUCAAAACACCAGUUAUUAAGGUGCUUAACAUAAUGUGUGUCCUUAUUUUUAGUGCUUUGUUUGGUCUUCUUUUGUGUGUAUUUCACUUUCAAUGUUGAGUUAGUCGCGAGAGAUGAUUCCUGCUGACCAAAUUAGUUUUUAGUAAAAUACUCAGUAUGUUGCCUCUAUUUGGUAUUGCCAUAAUAUCCGUCUGCAUUAAAUGCCACAGCGACAAAUUUCA